AUUGGACAGCGUGAUAUAGCCGCGGUUCCGCGGCCCUGCUGCCGCAGCCGCCGCUGCUAGCAGAGCGCACCCGGUCGGGCGGGCCGAGUGGCCAUGGCGGGCUCCGAGGACGAGCCUGGACUGCAACCGGAGCUCGAUGAAGACGAAGCAGCGUAUUGCCGGCGCUGGGGCGCGCAGCACGCCGGGGCCCGCGAGCUGGCCGCGCUCUACUCCCCAGGCAAGCGCUUCCAGGAGUGGUGCUGCGUGACCCUGUGCUUCAGCCUCAUUGCCCACAACUUGGUCCACCUCCUGCUGCUGGCCCGCUGGGAGCACACGCCCCUUGUACUGCUGGGUGUUGUUGCAGGGGCUGUCAUUGUUGAUUUCUUGUCUGGCCUGGUGCACUGGGGAGCCGACACUUGGGGUUCCGUGGAGCUGCCCAUCGUGGGGAAGGCUUUCAUCCGACCAUUCCGGGAGCAUCACAUCGACCCGACAGCCAUUACACGUCAUGACUUCAUCGAGACCAAUGGGGACAACUGCCUGGUGACACUGCUGCCACUGCUGAACAUGGCCUACAAGUUCCAUACCCAGAGCCCUGAAGCCCUGGAGCAGCUGUUCCCCUGGGAAUGCUUUGUCUUCUGCCUGGUCAUCUUCACCACCUUCACCAACCAGAUCCACAAGUGGUCGCACACAUACUUUGGGCUACCACGCUGGGUCAUCCUCCUGCAAGACUGGCAUGUCAUCCUGCCACGUAAACACCAUCGUAUCCACCACGUCUCACCUCACGAGACCUACUUCUGCAUCACCACAGGUUGGCUCAACUACCCUCUGGAGAAGAUGGGCUUCUGGCGACGCCUAGAGGACCUCAUCCAGGCCCUGACAGGCGAGAAACCUCGGGCAGAUGAUAUGAAAUGGGCCCAGAAGAUCAAAUAACUCCUCCAGCCUUCCACCUCGUUGCCAACCUUUCCUGGCCUCCCCAAACCGAAGCCAUCUGCCAAAUUCCAGCCUUCAUUGCGCUGGCCCCUCCAGGUGGAAAGGGCGCCAUCUGGGCUGGGCCUGGGCACCCCCAGCCCACCCUUGUGACACAGAAUACUUGAGCCACUGAUUUUUCAUUUCCUUUUUUUUUUUUCCAUUUUCUUUCCUUGGCCCCUCCUUAGCUACCUGAGCUGCUCUGUCUGCCAAGCCUGACUUUGCAAAAAACAAACAAACAAAAAAAAACAAUAAAAAGAGCCCUUUGGGUAGAGGGAAAGCUCACCCACUUCCCACACUCCAGUCUCCCCCACCCCAGCCCCACUGAGCAACCCUUCGGCGUGGCUGGCAUUGGGGCCAUUAAGUCGUAUUAUCUGUCCCUCCUUGUCUGCUCCCAGUGGCCUAGGAGGCCCCAAGCACACCUAAGUGUCCCUGGAGCGUUGCCCUGCCAUAGUCCUGCAAACUGACCCUAAAGGCCUUGGUGGACAGCCCCAGCCCAGCCUGUACAUUCAAGGUUAGCAAAGUGCAGCAAGGGUCUGAGAGCAGUUGGCCAGAAGAGGCAAGAAUCCCCUGCCCAAGUUUGGACCCACCUCCUCCCCUGUCCUGCCUCCAUGUGCCCAUGAUUCCAGCCAGAGUUGAUGUUUCUAAGUGAAGGAAGGAUGACUUGACAAGGCACAACCCCUGCAGUGGGGUUUUGAUCAUUUGAAAGGCGACAUAGUGUCUCCUCUAGCCAGGGGUAUGUCAGAGAAGGAACAGUGGGCUUCUUGGGUUUUUUUUUUUUUUUUUUAAAGGUGCUUGCUUGUUUAAUGUAAAUAAUAGAAAGCCUUAAUAUCUUUUCUGUAACACGGAGUAAUAUUUUAACGUCAUGUUUUGGAUGUACAUAAUAUAUUUAUAACAAAGCAGCAAGACUCUACUUAACCUCGGCUGCCUCGUGUUUCCUGGUUGGCUGGGGGAGACGGGUAAGGAGUCUGGAGGGUGAGGACCCACCCCUAGCCUAUUCCCAGCUCCCGCCCCCCCCAACCCCGGGCUCAGGAUGGGGUUUUGUCAUCUGAGACAGUGAAUUAAUGUUGUUAUCUGCUCCAAACACUUGGAAGGGACCCAUGAUUUAGUAAGGAAUCGUCUUCUUGCAGGAGGUCAUGAGAUAGAUUAUUAAUUCCUUCAGCAAAUGUUUAUUGACACCUAAUGUGUGCCAGGCUCUGACCUGGACCCUGGGGCACAGCAGUGAACUUAAAUAGAAAAGGACUUACACUAGUGGAUAUGACCUCCUGGGGAAAGGGACAAUAAACAUAAA